AUGUCAGAUCUCGUAAAGGCAAAGAGGGAAAGACUUGAAAAACUCAAAAAGCAAGCUGCCGAAAAGAAGAGAAUGAAGGAGCUCAAAGAAGCAAAUAAAGGCAAACCCGUCACCACUGAUAGCCAAGGCGGUGCAGGAGAAGAUAUUAAUAAACUCAUGGACAAGGUCAUGACUAGCAGUGCCUUUGAAGAGCGCAAGAAGAAGGAGGAGGAAGAAGCAACCCUUGUUUCGAAAAAGAUCGUUGAUGUCAACCUCAGCGUGGCUCUUGACCAAUGCGAGCACUCUAUUAAUCCAAAGAUCAGGAAUUACCUGAACCAGCCAGUCCAGUGAGAGCUUGGCAAAUCUACAAUGGAUGCUAAGGAAGAAUCUGAAGAUGAGAAGGUACAGGAGAAGAAGCCACCGGUCGAAGUCAAGAAAAUUACAGUAGACAAGACCAACGUGAACGGACUCCCCAUGAUCUCUGGCUUGCCGGAUGAACUCAUUGACAAAGAAAACAAGAAGGAAGAGGAAGAGAAGGAAACCAAGAAGAUCCUUGAUGAAGAAGAAGCUAAUGAGGUCAUGUCCUCUCCUAACUUUGACUACUUCUUCAGCAAAGCUGCCAGACUUAUGGAGAGAGGCCUUAAUUCUGAAGAUGAUAUUAUUGGUAGUUUUGAGAGGUUAGAGACCGAUGAUUAUGCAGGCGCUGCUUCCAAGGAUGACAAGAUUAUUGAGAAAGCAACCUUUAUGAAAGAGAACCCCAUUAAGAGAGCCAUCACUAAUAUAGAGUGGUCUCCAAAGUAUAAAGAUUUAUUCCUUUGUUCAUAUUACAAAUCUGAGAAUGACUGGGACGCGAAAGAGACUGAUGGAUUGGUCAAUAUUUUCUCAACUAAGAUGCCUGAGAAACCUGAGUUGACUCUGACAUGCUCGUCAGAAAUCACCUCAUGCAUUUUCCAUCCGAUUGAGCCAUACCUGAUCAUUGGAGGGACUUAUUCAGGAAACGUAAUUCUUUGGGAUAUGAGGGAAAAGAGAAAUUAUCCAACUGCAAAAAGUCAGAUAUCAACCUCAAGCAUGAUCAAGGGGAUCAGUGUUGUUGGGUCAAAGAACGCUAAUAACAUCGUCACUGUCUCCAACAACGGAGCUAUCUGUGUGUGGUCCACCAACAUGAUGAAGGAGCCUCAGAAGAGAGUUGAUCUUGGAAUCAAGACUAAUGAAAUUCCAGUUCAUUGCAUUGAUUUCCCUGAAGAAGAAACCAACGAGUUUUACAUCGGAGGCGAAGAUUUCAAUAUCUAUAGUGCUAAGAUUUAUACGAAGAAGCAGAAUGAAGAGAAUAUCACAGAUGUUUAUUCAGCACAUUUAGGGACAGUGUUCUCUCUCCACUAUCAUCCAAAGAUCACUGAGAGGAAGUCAAAGGCAUCUGACUUUCUGCUGUCUACAUCUGCAGAUUGGGGGAUUGGUCUCUGGCAUCCAAAAUCCAGGAAGGACCCUGUCUUGCUAAUCGAUGGAGAAGUUGAGUACUAUGAUGCCCAAUGGUCACCUGUCCACCCAUCCGUCUUCGCUACGUGUAACGGUAAUGGUCAGAUCGACAUCUGGGAUAUCGCCAAAGAGACUGAAGAAAGCAGAUAUAGAUUUGAAGCUGACAAGAGAGCAGUAAAUAAGAUCAGAUGGAGCUCAGACGGAAAGAAGCUUCUCACUGGCAAUUCAAAUGGCGUUAUCAAGAUGUAUAAUGUCGCCAAGGAGUUCUACCAGCCUAGAGAGGACGAUUUAGCCAAACUGGAGAAUAUUCUUAACCCACCGAGUUUUUAGUAAAUAGCCAGUUUAAAUUCAAUUUUGGAAUACUGA